CAGAAGAGGGGAAAGUCAUCUAAGAGCUGCUGUUUCACAGGGUCUGGGCACAGAGCUGCCCCUCCCUUCUUCCCUGAAGUUUGCAUGAAAUGCACGUUAGGCUGUAAUUAGGGGAUCUGGGAGGAGAACUUUCCUGGUGACGCUUUGCUUUUCUUCUGCUCUUGGUGAGAAAGUGCCUCCUUCUUCCCAGGACCAGGACCUCUGCCAUCCAGUGCCACAAAGAGACAUUCUGCACACACACACACACACACACACACACACACACACACACAUGCGCGCGCGCACAAACACUUGCCGGAGACAAACUUAAGGUGAGGGCAAAGAGCUCUAGCUUCACUUGAUCUCCAGGCUCCAACUUCAGCAGGACUGGAGAGCAUCUGAACUUCUGGAUUUCAGAACAAGUGGAGAAGAUUCUUUGGGCUACAAAGAUGAAGAGUCUACUUCUUCUGGUGCUGAUUUCAAUCUGCUGGGCUGAUCAUCCUUCAGACAACUAUACUCUAGAUCAUGGCAGAGUUAUUCACAUCCAAGCAGAAAAUGGCCCCCAUCUACUGGUGGAAGCAGAACAAGCCAAGGUGUUCUCCCACAGAGGUGGCAAUGUUACACUGCCGUGUAAAUUUUAUCGAGACCCUACAGCAUUUGGCUCAGGAACCCACAAAAUUCGAAUUAAGUGGACCAAGCUAACUUCAGAUUACCUCAAGGAAGUGGACGUUUUUGUUUCCAUGGGAUACCACAAGAAAGCCUAUGGCGGCUACCAGGGUAGAGUGUUUCUGAAGGGAGGCAGUGAUAAUGAUGCUUCUUUGGUGAUCACAGACCUCACCCUGGAGGAUUAUGGGAGAUAUAAGUGUGAGGUGAUUGAAGGAUUAGAAGAUGAUACUGCUGUGGUAGCAUUAGAUUUACAAGGUGUGGUAUUCCCUUACUUUCCACGACUGGGGCGCUACAAUCUCAAUUUCCAUGAGGCACAGCAGGCUUGCCUGGACCAGGAUUCUGUGAUUGCCUCCUUCGACCAGCUGUAUGAUGCCUGGAGGGGAGGGCUGGACUGGUGCAACGCCGGCUGGCUCAGCGAUGGCUCUGUGCAAUACCCCAUCACCAAGCCAAGAGAGCCCUGUGGAGGCCAGAACACAGUGCCUGGUGUCAGGAACUAUGGGUUUUGGGAUAAAGAUAAAAGCAGAUAUGAUGUGUUCUGUUUUACAUCUAACUUCAAUGGCCGUUUUUACUACCUGAUUCACCCCACUAAGCUGACCUAUGAUGAAGCGGUGCAAGCUUGUCUCAAUGAUGGUGCUCAGAUUGCAAAAGUGGGCCAGAUAUUCGCUGCUUGGAAACUUCUGGGAUAUGACCGCUGUGAUGCGGGCUGGUUGGCGGAUGGCAGUGUCCGCUACCCUAUCUCUAGGCCAAGAAGGCGCUGCAGUCCCACUGAGGCUGCGGUGCGCUUCGUGGGUUUCCCAGAUAAAAAGCAUAAGCUGUACGGUGUCUACUGCUUCAGAGCAUACAACUAAGCGUGCCCUCUAGAGCACGUCAGGUUUAAAGUCAUUAAGAACAUGUGAAAGGUUUUUUUCAGUAUGAACUCAUGCAAGUUACCAAAACUGUGAUAACCGUUUUUUACUUACUGUAAAGAGUCAUUUUCAUAAAGAUCAAUUCAUUAAUUUGUUUUUGUAAAGCUAUCAUUCAAUAUAUAUUAUAAAUUAAUAUAAUUUUAAGGGAAGUGCUACAUAAGGAGCCUUUAAAGCCAAACUAUUUAGGCUACAUCAUCCCAACGAAGUAUCCUUUCAUGAACGGGGCAUGCAAUAGUUUGAGGAUUGCUAGGAUUAAAUUAAGGGGAGUAAAGCUACUCAGAGCAGCAGCUUCCACAAGCACAAAUUUUACACAUUUGUACAAUUUUGAAAUGCACUACAACAAACAAAUUAGAACAGAUUUGAAAUACAGGCUUCUUUACGUAAACAGAUUCUGAGAGGGUGCACAAAACUCAGUUUCACAAGAGAAUAAAUCUACUCUUUUCUAAAAGUUAAUAUUUCAAGUCGCCAAUAGAAUAUUUUACUCUUUAAAAUCCUGCCUUUUUGACCAAAAAAAAAAAAAAAAAAUUCAUAUGGACUCCAAUGCAUAGUAACAAGCACAGUUAAAACUCCUUAAUACCCCCUUUAUAUGAAGUAUGAAACGUAAAUAAGCAGAUAUUUAACCAAUGAGAGACUCUUACCUUCUAAUUAAAAUUACACAUGUUUAAAAAGAAUUGUUUUAUCUUUUGAGUAGCUUUACAGAAUUAUAUUUAAAUUCUAAGGGUCAUUUGCUAAGCAGCAUUUAGCAUCUACUCAGGGCAGUUAUAUAGAUAAACUGCUGGACAGAAAAAUUGUAAAAUUUAGCAGCUUGAUUUUAUGUUAGCCUACAAAAUUGUAUUGUCCUAUAAAAAUAACUUUAAACUAUUUAAUAUUUCCUUCUUAUUUACAUUACAUUGAAAAAUUUAAAUCAUAAAAAAAAAUGAAGAACUACAUACUUGCCUAACCAAGAAAUAAAGUCCCAACUUUCAAAAUUCUUAUUUUUCCUAUUUGUAUAUACACUAGAAAGCCCAACUGGUGCCUGUGUUUGGGGGGAAAAGUCAACAAAGUAGUUCUAAACCUUCCUCUAUAUGGAAAAUGUGGUCUACGAUGUCACUUUCUUUGCUGGUCAUCACUAGGCAUAAAUGAAACACUGAAGCUGUCAUCAAAGAGUUUACAUUAAAAUCUUCAGUAAGUGAAAAGGUGAGUCCAGCUUCAGAAAAACAACUUUUCACAUUAGCAGCUUCAAUCUUAAAUAAACCUCUGUUUUCCUAUAUUUUUAUGACUCUUGAGACCCCACAGGGACCAAUAUUUGUAUUCAAAUUACAUUUCAUGGUUUCCCAUUGUUUCACAAUAAGGUCUAAUAAAUGGGAUUUAGUAUAAUAAUCCAAGUAUGACAUAGCUGGUUUGCUUUCAUGAAUGUUUUUAUGUAGCUUUUCCUCCCAUGAACAUGAGUAAAUAAAUCUGUUUCCUGAAUUGAUUGUGGUUGCAUUUAAAGCUCUGUAAUAAUUCUAAUAAAUUUACUUUCUAAAUGUAGAGUUACAUGUGUGGAAAGUAUAGAACAAAUUGGAAGCUGAUGAAACCAUAACUAUAUUCAUACAUUAUCUAGACAAAAUAUUGUAAAUAAAAGUAGAUCGCUUCUUUUAUCAAAAGCAUAUCUGGAAAUUUUUAGAUGCUUUAAUAUUAAAAGAUAACAAUGUAUGCAUGCACAUUUUUACAUUAGAUUAGAUAUGCAAAUUGUACAAAAAUAUAAAUCCAAAGAGAUGGUGAGAUUUAAUUCCAACACUGUUGGUACAAAUAGAACUCAAACUUUUAAAUUAAAAACACCUGAAUGGUCUAGAGUAAGAUGAAUAUAUUAUUUAAAGAGGGGACUAUCUCCAAAAGAGUGACUCUUUAACACCUCAAAUAUGGGGGUUAGCUCAUUGGAGGAAGCCCAUACUUGAACAAUUAUUACCCACGUUACAAGACUUUUAUUGGAAAUGCAAGUGGGAACAAAUUUCUUUUGAAGCAGAUGUAUAAUUUUCAGUUAUUGCUACAGAACUCUACCUUUAUAAUGUUAAGUAUAGUAGCAUUUCUUAACUUUUGAAUACUUACUAGUAUAGGAAUUGGUGCUGAUCAAAAUCUCUGGACUGACUGUUAGCUGAUUAAAAUCUAUACUGAUUGCACACCAUUUUUCCAUGCUUGUAAAAAAAAAAAAAAAAA